CUCCAGGGAGGUGGGGCUCAGAGGGGCGGAGAGCUGAUAAAUAACACGGUCACACACACUGAGGAACACUGCGUUUGAUCAGACAUCAGAUCACUUCAACAGUACAGGAGCAGAGGUUUUGCAGAAUGGAGUCUCUUUCAAUGGCAAACACCACUUUUGCCCUUCACCUGUUCAGCAAGAUCAAGGAAGGCAACAAAACCAACAAUAUCUUCUACUCUCCUCUCAGCAUCUCUUCUGCUUUGGCCAUGGUGUCUCUAGGAGCUGCAGGCAACACAGCAACUCAGAUGUCUGAGGUUUUGUGCUUCAGCAAAGCAGGGAAGCCUAAGUCUGUUCAACCAGUUGCAGUCCAACAGGCGCAACAAACUCAGAAGUUCCAGUUACCAGCGACUUUACAAAAGACUCUACAGCAAAACAAAGCCAAAGAUGACAUCCAUGCCAGCUUCAACAAACUGAUGAGUGAACUGAACAAAGCAGGAGCUCCACAUACCCUCAGCCUGGCCAAUCGGCUUUAUGGAGAGCACAGCUACCAGUUUGUGGAGAAAUUUCUGAAUGACACAAAAACACACUACAAAGCUGAGCUGGAAAGUGUUGACUUUAAAUCAAAUCCAGAAGCUUCACGUGUCAAAAUUAAUAAAUGGGUGGAGAAACAAACAAAAGAAAAGAUCAAGAACCUGCUGGCAGAAGGAAUUAUUGACAAGUUUACCAGACUUGUCUUGGUCAAUGCCAUCUAUUUCAAGAGCACCUGGGACAAGCAGUUUAAGCAACCGGAAACAAGGGAGUGUCCUUUCAAGUUGAACAAGAGAGAAACUAAACCAGUGCAGAUGAUGAAUCAGAAGGCCAAGUUUCCCCUGGCCUUCAUUCCUGAGAUGCAGUGCAGGAUUCUUGAAAUGCCAUAUAAGGGCCAGGAGCUCAGCAUGCUAAUUAUGCUACCCGUUGAGAUUGAAGAUGAUACUACUGGCCUUGAGAAGCUUGAGAAACAUCUCACCUAUGAGAAGUUCAUGGAGUGGACCCAGCCUGAUAUGAUGGACACUGUGGAGGUGCAGGUGUCUUUACCGCGGUUCAAACUGGAGGAAACCUAUGACAUGAAUACACUGCUCAUCAGCAUGGGCAUGGUAGAUGCCUUUGACCCAAACAAGUGUGAUUUUUCACGCAUGUCUCCUAACGAUGAUCUGGUGCUCUCAAAGGUGGUGCAUAAGUCAUUUGUAGAGGUAAAUGAGGAAGGUACUGAAGCAGCUGCGGCUACCGCAGCCGUCAUGAUGAUGCGUUGUGCCAUGCUUCCACCAGAGCGCUUUAAUGCUGACCACCCGUUCCUCUUUUUCAUUCAACACAAACCGACCCGAAGCAUUCUCUUUUGUGGUCGCUACAGCUCUCCUUAAAUUGCCUGGUGCCCUGAAGUGCCAUUAUAUAUCUAUGCAGUUAUUUGAUGUCAUAGUUAAACAUGCUUAAAUAAUAAAAAUAUACAAAAAUAUCAGUUGACAUAUAUUUCCAAGAAGACACUUUAGCAAAAUGGGAAAUAAACAUAAACAUGUUCUUCA